GUUGAGCUGGAGUAGUAACUCGCUGGCACACCGUGUCAGGCAGGCGAAGGGAGAGGAGAAGACACUUGUGGACCUCCUCCGUCUCUCACUGAUCUCCCGUCGCUUUCUGUGGAUUUUCCUUUUUUUGAGCAAUUGCGUUGGUUCUUGACGAAGCUUCCCCGUGGAUGGAGCGUCGUUGUCUGCUGCCGGAGAAAAGCCAGUCUGUGCUGACCUUGGCCUGCAGUUUUCCUUUGCUCGGAGCCACAAAGAAAACAGCUGGCAGUUGCAUUCUGGAUGCCGGCGGCCUCCACAAUGAGCUGCCUGUGUGAUGCUGUCAGAAAAGCUUUGGCUGGUUGUUCUCAAAGGGAAUGAACCUUCGUUGUUGUGUACGCAUGGAGACGGAGCGGACAAGGCUAAGGUGCAGGCCGUCCCCGCAAACCAGCAUCACUUGCCAACACCAGGGUGUGCCACGAACAGCAUAGAGCUUCCUUUCAAGGCGCCUUGAUCCUCAAGGGGGGAAGUGAGGUAGAAAGAAAAUAAACAGGGCUUUAAAAAAAAAAGAAACUUGAUGAAUUCCACCAAUACGUGAAAGGCAAACAGUUGACUGCCUGUCCUCAGGAGAUAAUGUGGACAAUGAGUAUGGCCCGCCUCUGUUUCCCUGUCUGCACUCUUUUUCUUGUUAUUUUUCUCUGCUUGGCUGCUACGGAGCAUGACGUCACACCUCGCCUCACCUUCUCCUACAAUGCAAAGGAGAGAACAUGCAGAAGUUUCUCGGUGGGCGGGGUCUUCAACUUCACGUCACUCCUGCUCAGCAAAGAGGACAACAUGCUGUACGUUGGCGCUCGCGAGAUUCUCUUCGCUCUCAACCUCUCGGACGUCAGCGCACUCGAGCUGCAAAAAAAUCUCACAUGGAAAACCCCGGACAAGAAACGAGGCGAGUGCAGUUUCAAAGGAAAAGACCUGCAAACGGAUUGCUUCAACUACAUCAAGAUCUUAUUGCGAGUGAACAGCACUCAUCUGUAUGUGUGUGGAACGUACGCCUUCAGCCCCAUCUGUGCUUACAUUAACACUGCCAACUUCUCCUUCGUCAGAAGUAACACAAGCGAGAUCGUCACCGAGGACGGACGGAGCCGUUGUCCCUUCAACCCUGAGUACAAGUCCAGCGCUAUCAUGGCUGAUGGCGAGCUGUAUGCUGGCACAGUCAGCAAUUUCCAGGGAAAUGAGCCCAUCAUUUACAAGAGUCUCAGCCAAGGAACCGCUCUCAAAACGGAAAACUCCCUCAACUGGCUUCAAGAUCCGGCCUUCGUCGGCUCCGCCUACAUCCAGGAGAGCCUGCCCGAGGGCAACCUGGUGGGCGACGACGAUAAGAUUUACUUCUUCUUCAGUGAGGCGGGAAAGGAGUUUGAUUUCUUUGACAACACGAUCGUGUCGCGCAUCGCUCGCGUGUGCAAGGGAGAUCUGGGCGGUGAGAGGGUCUUGCAGAAGAAGUGGACCACCUUUCUCAAGGCGCAACUUUUGUGCUCGCUGCCAGAUGACGGCUUCCCCUUCAACAUCAUCCAGGACAUGUUUGUGCUGACGCCCAGCCCGGAAGACUGGAAGAACACUGUAUUUUACGGAGUCUUCACUUCCCAGUGGUACAACGGUGCCUCGGGAACCUCUGCUGUGUGCUCCUUCACAAUGGAGCAGGUGGAAAAAGCCUUCAGCGGUCGAUACCGCGAGGUGAACAGAGAAACCCAGCAGUGGUACACUUACAACCAUCCCGUCCCAGAACCCCGGCCUGGAGCGUGUAUCACGAACGCGGCCCGGAAGCAAGGCGUCUUGUCAUCUCUCCACAUGCCGGACAAGGUGUUGAAUUUCGUCAAAGACCACUUCCUCAUGGACAACGUGCUCCGCAGCCAGCCCCUGCUGCUCAAACGCCACGCUCGCUACACGCAGAUCGCCGUCCAUCAAGUCGUGGCGGCGCGCAAGGCCUACCACGUGCUCUUCAUCGGCACAGAUGAUGGACGACUCCAUAAAGCCGUGAGUGUGAAGAACAAGAUGCACAUCAUUGAGGAGCUGGCGCUCUUCCGUGACUCCCAGCCAGUGCAGCACAUCCAGCUGGACUCAGAAACGGGUCUUCUUUAUGUUUCCACUUUCUCUGAACUGGUGGAGGUCCCACUAGCUAACUGCACUAAUUACCAGAGCUGCGGGGAGUGCAUCCUCUCCAGGGACCCGUACUGUGCCUGGAAUGGCAGACAGUGUGUUGAUGUCAGACAGGCUCCGCUAAGCAAUCAGCUGCAGCAGGAUGUGGAUAAUGCAGACGCUUCAGCUAUUUGCAACAAGUCUGUGAUGAGCACACGGUUUGCCAAGUCUGCACAUGCACGAAUGUCGUCUUGCCAGGUGAUCGUUAUCCCCGCCAACACUUUCCAAGUGUUGCCUUGCAAGCUGCGGUCCAAUCUGGCUGAGAGGUUGUGGGUGUUCAGUGAGACUUCGGGUCACUUUCAUUACCCCAGCCCAGAGGGGGGAUUGGUGGUGGUUGCUCAGGCAGACAGGCAGGAGACCUACGAGUGCUGGUCCGUGGAGGAAGGCUUUCGACAGCUGCUGUCCAACUACUGCGUGCGGGGCGAGGCCAAGCGUGAGAGCGUCACCCAAACGGGCCGUACCCGUACCCCAGCCGCCUCGCAAGACCACUUUGUCAUCCUGCCCGGCGAGGCUCACUCCCCGCAGAUCAACACCAAGACCUACUGGAAUGAGCUCAUCGUGGUGUGCGGCCUCCUGGCCUUCUCCCUGCUGGUCUUCUCCCUGUUUGUAAUCUACAGAAACCGCGACCGCAUGAAGUCCAUGAUCAAGGAAGGCGAGUGCCCCAACAUGCAACCGAAGAAGCCCAGAAUGGUGCCGAAGCCCGCCGAGAACUUGCCGCUCAACGGCAACGCCGUGGCUGCCUCCGUGGUGGACCACAAGGGCUACCAGACCCUUCACGACAACUACACGUGCGGCACGCCCCCGCACGAGGGCUCAUCGCCCGAAAACAGUAAGAGCUUCUCCGAUUCGGAAAAGAGGCCUCUGGACCUGCAGGAGAGCCGUGUGGAGAUCUCUCCCACGAGCCCGCGGCCUCGAGUCAGACUGGGAUCUGAGAUAAAAGACUCCGUGGUGUAAAAAUUCUAAUAAAACUAGAUGAGCGUCCACCUGCUGACAGACACAAACUCCUCGGCGAGAAAGAGAGAAAGAGAGAGAGAGAGAGAGAGAGAGAGGAGUAUCUUCAUGGGAAAACAUUUGGUCACACACGUUUUGCACUUUGUCCUAGUUUGUGCCAUUCCUGUGGUCCAUGAACAAUUUAUUUUGUGCGUUCAGAGCGCACUGACCGCCUUCAAAUAUUUGGUGCUCUGGCAUACAGCUCAAAAACAGAAUGUAAGUUGUGUGUGCAGACCUCCGCCAAGGCCAAAAUAAGGAAGUGAGAAAAAAAAGUGACACUCCUUACAGCGGUAACACGAUCUCACAGAUGAAAACAUCACACACACGCACCCACACACCCACACACCCAGGAGGAAUUAACAAAAGCACAGCUUCACACCGUAGUGUUGCCUCUCAGUCCGUCCAUAAUCGUUUCGCUUUGAAGACAGGUCUUCGAACAUGUUCACACUCCGAGAUAAAGAUUUUUCGUAGUUUCUUUUAUUUGUCAGUCUGUCUGCCAUUAAGAGCCUACCCUUCGGCUAUGCACUAUCUACUGUACUGUAGCAAGGUCAACUCCCGCCAGAUCAUGUAAAGACAGCAAGCCGGAGGCAAAACAAUAAAAAGCCUCUUUCAGUGUCUUCAUUUUUGCACUUAGGCUAAAAUGGAACAUUGGUUGUAUGCAAGUAAUUCAGAGACAAGUUUUGCUGUGCGUAGGCAUGGGCCGGUAUCAGAUUCUGACGGUAUGAUAACCAUGAGCAUAAAUAUUGCGGUAUCAUGGUGAUGCAAUUACAGUUCUAAAAUGUUUUAAUUUGAACUGUUUGAAUAAUCAACAACUGAUAUCCGUACAACAGCAAAAGUGGUGCCUUGAGAUAAGAGUGCCGACACGAUCAACUUCCUCCUUUUGAAAAGGAGGAAUUUGAUUUCCAUUAAUUUCAAUGGGCAAAGAUUGUUUGAGAUACAAGUGUUUCAAGAUACGAGCAUGGUCAUAGAACAAAUUAAACUCGUAUUUUAUAGCACUGCUGUACUUAUCUUUCAGAAAAUGAGUAGCUAAUUCUCUGCUUUGUGAAGUAACGUCAACGCGGAAAGGAACUGAUGUUAGCUAUGCUAGUUAGAUGCCUCGGUAGCAAUUUCUAUAGUAUUUAUUUCACCAAUUGUAGACACGCUAACACUCCUAGCUGGUUGCAAACUUUCAUUUCAACACAGUAAUAGUUAGGCUACCUCGAAUUUCUCAAAGAGUAAUAGGUGGCGCUCUCGUAAAUGUGAGAUUGUAUUGGAUGUGUUGCCUCCUAUGGCAGCCACUCUUCGUGAGCAUGUUUUGCAUAUCCUUCCUCUACCAAAUUGCAGUACCUGAAAAAUUCCCAAGGCGAAAAUUUGUUGUGCUCACUGACUGCUCACAACAACAACUGGAGAGGGAGGGAGUCACUUUGACUCAGGACCCCCCCACCCCUCCUAAGCUCGUACCGCCGAUUAAAGGUUUGAGAACCUUUGAAACCAUGACAUCUUAAAAAAACUGUUUAUGUUGAAACUAGUAAACGGCCCAUGCCUAGCUUGAACUUAAAAAAUUGCCCCAACGGGAUCAGCAAGAACAUCCACCUCAUACCAUACCAAAAAUACCCAUUGUAUAAAAAUAUCAAAACUAUAGCUUUUGUUUGUUUCCCCCAAGUUUUCCAAAUAAUUACACAAUAACGAAGGGAUUAUAAGCGUGUUCACGUAUCGAGAUAGGCAGUCUAUGCAAAAGCACAUCAUGACAAGUGACGUGAUGGAACAAUGUCUCCUUGAGGUUAAGCACAAUUAUGCUAUCACUUUAGGGUCAGUGGCACUGCGAACACACACUCGCUCACGCAAUAAUGACUGUAUCUACUGUAUGCAGAUAACACAUGAUUAUAUUAGGGUCCAAUACAGUCAUUCUUAUUCUCAGCCUCUAUACAUGGCCAAAUGGACGUUUUUCCAGGUUCGCAAAGGGAAAUAAUACACCUGUUGUGUAUUCAUAAUCUGGUUGCUUAAAUGGUCUUCAACCUAUGAAAGAAAUAACUUCUUAUACACACAAAGGUAUUUCUCUAAUUAGCUGUCCCAUUAUGACAUUAGUCAACCAUGCAACAUUUUAUUUCAUUUGUAGAUGGGCAUCGUUUGAUUUUUAUUUGUAUUUUUUUUUAAUUGACAGAGAAAUGCAAAGAGUAUUUUGCACAAGAUAUUGAGAAGCCUUAGUCAUGGCUUUGACAAUAAGUCUGCCUUUUGGGGGGAAUGCAUCAUGCCUUUUCAGGACUACAAUCGAGAGAUGUGCCUCUUGGGAUCUUCAAACUAACCAGGUAACGACAGAGCUGUAGAGUCACUGCUAUGACACAAGAGUGAAUAUGUUAAUAUUGUCACCAUUGUACAGCAUUGGCUAAAGAGGUGUGUGUUUUUUAUUUUUUUUUAUUUUGUAUUUUUCUUUUUUUUUUUUUUAAAUGUGUCAGAGGCUUUUGCCUCCAUCAGGGACUCAAUCUAUGUGGUGUUGCAAACAAAUAACCACCGGCUCGUUUUUAAUGUCAAACACAGAUAAGAAUAGAAUUACAUUUCUCUUUUUAUUUUAUUUUCUUUUUUUCCCUGUGGUCUGCCCCUGCCCUAAUCAAUCACACAGACGGAGCUCAUGCUUUGACUGUUAUGGCAAAGAAAAUAAAAGGCAGCUGUGGUGGCUCGGGCAAUAUUACCAAUGUCGAUUGCAGAACAAAGAAAACAAGUAGCAGAGCUAAUUUAGUUUAAAUGUGUGCUGGUAAAAACAAAAUUCUAAACACCCUUAAAAACCGCAGUCGGUGUUUCAGUAUUUUAUCGCCAUUAUUGAGGCACAUAUUUUGCGUCAGAAACAUUUCAUGGCACAGCACAAAAAAAUUAUUUACGGUGGUGCCUUGCAAUACAAGUAAUCUGAAUGAAUUUUUCGAGAUACAAGCUAUCGCUCGGGCGUUUUUUAUUUUUGCUUUGAUUCGAGAGCAACUAUUUGAGAUACAAGUGCUGUAUAGUGGCAGUGAACUCAACUCACUGUACAACAAGCAAUAGCUCGGCAUUUGAAGUUCACUCUCAAAACAGAGAAUUGCACAUAGUAAGUAAAAAAAAACAACUUUGCCUUAACAUCCGCUAUCUUAAUGCUAACACACAAUGGGAAAUGCCAGAAAACAGGGUAAUGAAACUAGUAUCGGUCUCGUACAAGAUAUUUGAACACAAAUGGCACAGCAACACAGACAAUAUAAAAACACUCACAGGCAUAUAUUCUUUUUCCUCUGCAAAGAUUAAACUCCUGCCAUUUGGUUGAGACGGAUACACCAGAAAGAAAGCACAAUGUCCAUUGAAUACAUUUUUUUGGGGGGGCUGGAAGGGAUUAAUAUAAUUUUCAUUCAUUUCAAUGGGGAAAGAUGAUUUAAGGUGCUAGUGUUUUGAGUUGCAAGCAUUAGUCACGGAAUGAAUUCAACUUGUAUCUCAAGGCACCACUGUAUAGUGAAAUAAUGAUAAUCAUCACUCAAUUUACUCACAAAUUUACUUGGUGUGAAAUCUGUUUAGUUGAACAUAAAGUAUUCUUCUGUUGUAUGAAUGGCAAAAGGUUAAGUGUACCUUCUGCCAUCUAGUGGAAGAGCAUUGAAGUGUUCUACCUGUCACUAUAUGUCGCUGGGAUAGAUAGAUCAACAAAGAUACAUUAUUUGCAGUAAAUAAAUAAUAAUUUUCGGACCAGUAAGUUAAGUUGGAUAAUUUCCCAUGGCACACCUCAAGGCACAGUGGUCAGGCCUUUCAAAUGUGACAUGUAUUGUAACUAAGAAGUUCUUUAUGUAAAAAAUGUUUUGUAAAUUCAGCUGCCAGUGUAAAAACAAACAAAAAAUAUGGUGAAAUGUAUUAUUUUUUUUUUGCAUUAUAAUUCACUGUUCUCCAUUUAUUUUGUAUUGCAUAUAAAAGGCACUUUAUUUUGAUUUCCAAAUAAAGAUCAAACCGAUACUUUCUUAAAAGUA